AUGGAAGAGGUGCAGUUGACGGAGAGGGCUCGCGAUCGCGAGCGGCGUAUCGGGAUGCACUUCUCGCUCCUCGACGCCCACCUCGCGCAGUGCGACACCAUGGCGACGUUCGAGCGUCCUGCGGUGUCGCUCAAAACGUUGUAUUCGGACUUUGUGGUGCGGGAGCUGUCCCCACUGUACAACGGUGGUGCCCCGCUCGAGCUGGAGACCCUCCCAACAGUGGGGCGGCACGACAAUGGCGCGUCCUCGGCGAGGAAGCGACGAAGGGAGAUGUCGACGAAUGAAGGAGAGGUGAAUGGAGCGAGGAAUACAUGCGGGGCGAGCUCCGAGGUGGACGCACAACAGGAGGCCUUGCUGGAUUGUGUGCAGCUGAAGUUUGCGUCCCUGGUGUCACCUGAGGAGGUGACGUCGCUCGUGGACUCAUUGCGUAGCGGCGCACAGACAGUGACCCUCCGCAGUGCGCUGACAAAGGAGCAGCGCACGCAGGUACACGUGGCGGUACGGGAGACACUUGGAGCUACACAUAUUAGUCGCACGGAGGCCGGGGCUCUUGUGAUAGAAAAGGCAACGUCAGCGAUGAGGAGAGAGGCGGUGCGCCGUUCAAAUCCGAUACACACACGAAAGUUUUUACACUUCACGCUCUACAAGGAAAACAUGGACAGUAACCGUGCACUGCGUGCUGUCGCCACGUCUCUUGGCAUGUCAGUUCGGCAACUCCUCUUCAGUGGAACAAAAGACAAACGGGCAGUGACACUGCAGCGUGUUGCAGUGAGGGGCUUGUCUUCGGAGAAGCUGUCGGAAAUUAACAAUCGGUCGUUUGGCCCAGAGUGCAAAAUAAGGGUCUGCGGCUUCAAGGAGAUGGAUGUUGGGCUGCGCCUCGGUGACACUUUGGGCAAUCAUUUUCUUAUUGUGCUCCGUCUGCUCCCGGGGAGUCCGGAGGUAUCACCGGAUGUACUGCAAACUGCUCAGGAGGUUAUAAGCCGCGUUGGGGUGGUGAACUACUACGGCUUUCAGCGCUUUGGCACAACGGAGGUACUGACGAGUGAUGUCGGUGUGCAACUGCUAGCUGGAGAGUUUGAACAGGCUCUGCGCUUAAUUUUCCAUUCAAAGGCAAUUGUUGCCCCGAAUCUCCUUCCUGUGAAGGAGGCUCUCGAGCGACGGGCCUUUGACGAGGCGCUGAGGCUGGUACCACACUACUGCUUUCAAGAACGCGACAUCUUAAAGCAUUUAGCAUGCUGCCCUAAUGACUUCCUUGGUGCUCUUCGCGCAAUACCGCGGACGCUGGGCAUGCUAUAUUGUCACGCAGUACAGAGUUUGAUUUGGAACGUUGUGGCAUCUGAUAGGUUGGCACUAAGUGUUAAGCCGCUCCCUGGUGAUUUGGUACUGAAGUCUCGUUACACGUGCGUACAGGAGCGUGAAAGUCGGUCAUGUGGCGACAUUGAUGAUGCAAAUGAUGCAGAUGCUGUAUCACUGCUGAAGGAGGAGGGUUUGCCCGAGGUGGUGCGGCUCACAGAAGAUGAUGUUGCAAGUGGCCUUUUUCAGCUGACGGACAUUCUCCUUCCGGUGCCUGGCCCCGACGAGCAGCUGCAGUACCCCAACAUACCUCUAUGCACACGUGACGCGUAUGUCACGGCCCUUACAUCGCGGGGAGCUGUGGGUCUCAUGGACACCACAAACCCCCUUGUAAAGGUGUUUCACUACCACGGGGCAUACCGUCCACUUGUGGUGCGACCAAAGAGGCUGAAGAUACGGGUUGUGGACACUGCAGGACCACGGGAACCAAUUAUUCCCACCGAUCUAGAGCUGCUGACUGGCGGUGCCAUCUGCAAUGGCACCGAGAAAGAAGCGGUGCCACAAAGCAGUUCCACAACGACACCAUUGUGCAAAGCCAUCGUGGCAGAGUUUUCUCUCCCGCCAGGGUCGUACGCCACCUGCGUGCUAAGGGAGUUCAGCACGUGCUGUUCGGAGGGAUACCAUGCAGCUGCAGUCCCAAGCGAUGACGGCAGUGACGCGCCUGAAAGUGACAUGGAUGCUGCGGCGCGUGAAGGUGCUCUGGGUGAUAGUGGUGCCGUUUAA